AUGGCAUCAAUGCCGGCUAGCCCCCAUGAAGAUGGAUCUACGAAGAAAGAGGACUUGGAAUUCAUCCACCUUGAGGAACAAGAGCUGGCACAUCGCAGCCCUGGCAAUGAAUCCCCUGUGUAUGGCAUUGACGAGGCACAUCAAAAAAGGGUCAUUCGACGCGUGGAUCUCCGCCUCCUUCCAAUUCUUGGGAUCAUGUAUUCUAUAUCCCUUAUUGAUAGGACCAACCUUGGUCUUGCAUUUGUAGCAGGGAUGGAACAUGAUCUUGGACUUGGUAUUGGCAAUAGGUAUACGAUCGUUGUUAUGUAUAUUCGAGAUACCCAGCGUACGUCCGCGCUCCUGGGACAGGAGUCAUCACUGACAGAUGGAACACAGAAUCUGAUCCUUCCCCGAGCCGGUGCAGCAAACUGGCUAGCGUUUCUUGGAUUUAGCUUUGGGGUGAUCUUGAUCGGCAUGGGUUUCACCAGAAAUUGGACCACAAUGGUAGCUUGCCGAGUCCUGUUAGGUGUGAUGGAAGCCGGAUUUCUUCCAGGUUGCACCUAUCUAAUCACAUGUUGGUAUACGCGAUUUGAGGUGGGCAAGAGACUGGCCAGUUUCUGGCUGGUUUCUGUUGUGCUGAACGCCUUCGCGGCAAUCUUUGCCUAUGCCUUGACCCUCCUAGACGGGAGCUACGGUCUGAACGGAUGGCGCUGGAUCUUUAUCGUUGAAGGUGCCAUUACCAGUAGCAUCUGUUUAAUUGGUUGGUUCAUCAUCAUCGAUUUUCCGACGCAAGCAGAUUCGUUUCUCAAGCCAGAGGAAAAAGAAUUUAUCAUUGCUCGCAUUAAUAACGACAGUGGAGAUGCGGAAGAGGAUCCAAUUACUAUGGAACGGGUUCUUCACCAUCUUAAGGACUGGAAACUGUAUGUCUGGGCGUUCAAUCUCAUGGCCUCCACCCUGCCCGGAUAUGCGUACAGCUACUUCAAGACGGUCAUUCUCAUGGGCAUGGGCUUCAGCAACACGCAGAGUCAGCUUCUCAGUGCCCCACCUUACAUCAUUGCUGCGUUCUUUACAUAUUUAGGUGGCUGGCUCACCGAUAAAUACCAAAUCCGCGGGCCGGUGAUUGCUGUCCAUCAACUACUGACAGCAGUGGGGAUGUUAAUCACAGCCUAUGGCGGUGCAAGUGGGGCAAGGUACUUUGGGAUAUUCAUGGGUGUGGGGUUCCUACAGUUUUGUAUCCCGGGUGUGCUGGCAUUCCAAGCGAACAACAUUACUUCCCACUCAAAGCGUGGAGUUGCAUCAGCAACCUGUCUGAUUGGCGGGGGACUUGGGGGCAUCAUUGCAAGUGUCUCGUUCAAAUCCGAUGAAAGUCCGCAUUAUACUACGGGUAUUUGGGUGACAUUUGGUGUUACAAUGGUUAGCAUAUGCUUAACCGUAAUGAUGGACUUCCACUUUUGGAAAACAAACAAAAAGGCACGGGAGACAAAUGGUCAGAUUGAGGGUAUGUCAGGAUGGUAUUAUACUCUUUGA